CAGGGAAACGGUCAACUAGCAUUGGUUUUGGAAGUAGAUAAAGAUUGGGUUUGAGCUAUUCCUUUUUAUUUAAUUAAAUAAAUUUAUUGAUCACUGUCCAACUUCAUCUCCUUCUGGAAGAAAGGGAAUAUAUAGAUUUCUUGAUGUAAAAAAAGGAGGAGAAGAAAAGGAAGAUGCAUGCAUGAGUCGUUGCACAUGCAGUCUCCAUAGUGACCGGGGAAUGAGAAAACCCAGAGGAGAGGAAAACGCCGUACUGGUAUUGAUGAGAUGAGGAGGUGGCUUUGCCGCUAAGCUGCUGAGAAUCUCCAAGACAUCCCGGGAUUCAUGACAGACAAAAAGCGGGUGAGCUGGGGAUGGGAUGGUGGCUGGUGGAGCCAUUCCUUGCUCUGUUUUGAGGCAACGGAUUUCAUUUUUCCCAAGCUACUGAAAAUCUUAAACUGAAUCAGUGGUUUAUUUGUUUGUGUACAUAGUGGAGGCUGAGUGUGGAGAGCGAUAGAUGAUGAUUUGAGAUACUAGAUUCAAUUCAAGGGCCAGAAGAGGGCCAGCAUGAAAUAGAAAUGCAGGCACCUAUUUACUCAAUUCUGGGCUCUUGCCAGCCAACUUCAAGGGUCCAUCACAGGAGGAGGUCUGUCUUUCGGGAUCCGGUUGUGCAUUCAAACUCUAGGAUUUCCGGAAAUUUGAAUAUAUGGGCCCCAACAAAAGGCUCCUCUGCUGCUUGUCUCCUUGCCGAUGUUUAUAAAGAUUUUAUGACCUUGGAUGCCCCAGAAUUGGCAAAACCAGAAGCAGACCCAAAAACGGUUGCUUCUAUCAUAUUAGGGGGUGGAGCAGGAACACGGCUUUUUCCUCUCACUAAAUCAAGGGCCAAACCAGCUGUGCCAAUUGGGGGAUGCUAUAGACUUAUAGAUGUACCCAUGAGUAAUUGCAUCAACAGUGGAAUCAACAAAAUCUACAUCCUCACCCAAUUCAAUUCUCAAUCCCUCAACCGUCAUAUUGCUAGAACAUACAAUUUGGGAAGUGGUGUAAACUUCGGCGAUGGGUUUGUUGAGGUAUUAGCAGCUACUCAAACAUCUGGUGAAUCUGGAAAGAAGUGGUUUCAGGGAACAGCAGAUGCAGUGAGACAAUUCAUUUGGUUGUUUGAGGAUGCUAGGCAUAGACACAUUGAGAACAUUCUGAUAUUGUCUGGUGAUCAUCUAUAUCGAAUGGAUUACAUGGAGUUUGUACAGAAGCACAUCGAUUCAGAUGCUGAUAUAUCUGUCUCCUGUCUUCCCAUGGAUGAAAGCCGUGCUUCUGAUUUUGGGUUGAUUAAGAUUGAUGAAAUGGGACAGAUACGGCAGUUUCUUGAGAAACCCAAGGGUGAAACUUUGAAAUCUAUGCGAGUGGAUACAACUGCUCUAGGAUUAUCACCUGUAGAAGCAAAGAAAUUCCCAUACAUUGCAUCAAUGGGUAUAUAUUUGUUCAAAACAGAUGUCCUACUAAAACUUCUCAGGUGGAGUUAUCCAACAGCCAAUGAUUUUGGGUCAGAGGUCAUCCCAAUGGCUGCUGAAGAAUGUAAUGUCCAGGCAUAUCUAUUCAAUGGCUACUGGGAGGAUAUUGGGACCAUAAAAUCCUUUUUCGAUGCAAACUUAGCACUCACAGAUCAGCCUCCCAAGUUUCACUUCUACGACCCACUCAAGCCAAUCUUCACAUCCCCUCGGUUUCUACCACCAACUAAAAUAGAGAAAUGUCGGGUCAUGGAUUCUAUAAUUUCACAUGGGUGCUUUUUGAGGGAGUGCAGUGUUGAACAUUCAAUUGUGGGGAUUCGUUCAAGACUGGAUUAUGGCGUAGAGAUGAAGGAUACCAUGAUGAUGGGUGCUGACUAUUACCAAACUGAGGAAGAGAUAGCAGCCUUCCUGGCAGAGGGAAAGGUUCCAAUAGGGGUUGGGAAAGGCACGAAAAUUAUGAACUGUAUAAUUGACAAGAAUGCAAGGAUUGGAAAGAACGUCGUCAUCACAAACAAGGAUAAGGUAGAAGAGGCGGAUAGACCAUCGGAGGGCUUUUAUAUUCGAUCAGGAAUUACUGUUGUGCUGAAGAAUUCUGUAAUCAUGGACGAGACAAUCAUUUAGGAACAAUGUUUUUCCAAUGAAGCGAUGACAGAAAGGAGCAUCAGAGGGGCAUACAUGCAAAUGUUCAUCCAUGCAAUAAGGUGGAAUAAGAUAAAUUAUACUUUCCUAGUCUUCAUAGGUUUGGAAAGACUUUUUCUUACAUGUUGCUGAGUCUUUUCUGCAAUGUAAGUUGAUCAAAUAAGGCCUAGAUAUCUUGAGAAAAAAAAAAUUAGAAAAUGGUUUCCUAAGUCCCCUACCAAAUCUUUUGUAUCCUCCUUUGUGUGUGCAUAGAUAUACACUAUUCUGAAAGGUGUUAAACAAAUUUUUGCCCACAUAUUCAAUGAGAUGAAGCACAUUACAAUUGUAUUGAAAUAUGAAAUUGAUUCAUAGAAUUGAAUGAUACAACCUAGGAAUAUUUCCAUC